GGCCGGAAGUCUCGAGGCGCGGCCCGGAAGUACCGUUGCUGCGGAGCGCGGGGUGCGGCGAGCCGCUGCCAAGGCCAUGGCAGAAACAGACCCCAAAACCGUGCAGGACCUCACGGCCGUGGUGCAGACGUUGCUUCAGCAAAUGCAGGACAAAUUUCAAACCAUGUCUGACCAAAUAAUUGGACGAAUUGAUGACAUGAGCUGCCGCAUAGAUGACCUGGAGAAAAACAUAGCAGACCUGAUGACACAAGCAGGAGUAGAAGAACUGGAAGGAGAGAACAAAGCCCCUGCUACUACUAACAAGAGUUAAGGUUGCCAAUAACUUAAGAUGAAUGCUGGAAGACUUUGUUUUUUUUCUACAAGCCCUUGGAAUUCACAGAACAGCUUUUUGCAACUACUGUGUGUAAAAGCAUUUUUAUAUUAUUACAGAGCUUGCAUUCUUAACGUAUAUUGUAUAGCUAGGGAUAGGUUAGUUUAUAUUUCGAUUUGUGUACUGUAAUUUCACCUCUCGAAUUCUUGUUACGAGGAUCAAUUAGUUGUUAUUAAAACACAGAUCUUACGGAUCUCAAUUACCAGGUGUAUUUUUUUGUGAGGUCACUUUUUUCCCUCAUAUACUUUUUCUAGACAUCUCAUUUUUGACAGCUAAACAGAUAGUGACUGCUGUCCAGCGGAGAUCUUAAGUUGUCCUCUGUAACUUUGUGGAAUGAAGCACAAGUCUGAAAUCUGGCAUUAAUCUUAGGUCUAAGCAUCAUUCUCUCGACUAGCAGAUGACUGUAUUGUUUUCUCCUCAUAACUGUAAGUAAGGUGAUGUUGGAAACAUAAGACAUUGAAUAUCAAAAUCAUCUCAUGUUGAUAUUACCUUACCUAUGUGUUCCUAGAAUGUAAAACAAAUAUGUGUUUAACAGUAGAGACAUCUGUACACAGCAAAGCUACCACUGCCAUUCUGAUCUGUUAGAGAGACAAAAAAUUAUCUAUUGCAAAAAAAAUCUCACCAUGGCAUUGUUUUUUUUAACACUGUAAAACUAUAAUUUGAAACUGACCAUGUGUCACUUAGGAGCAUCUUGGAACAAUAAUGAUUAAAAUAUUGAUACUUCACAGAGUUGGGAUGGGAUUGUGGGAACUUCUGUAUGUGAUCUUUCAGUUUAAAUCACUCAUCUGUUGUAUAAAACAAAGUUUGCUAAACAAAGCAACAAUAUAUUGAAUAACAAAGAAGGAGAGAAUCCAGUUAGAAUUGUAGAGCCUGGCUACUCUGAGUAACAGACAGCUGGGAGUCUCCAAAGCACGUGGUUUAGGAAGGUGUUUGGUUUCAUAAUCACAUCCACAUUUAUGGGCCUGACAUUACGGUAUUUUGGCAAUGAAAAGCAUUCUUAGAAAAGUCUGUACUGUGUCACUGUUGUGAAGAAAAAUGACCAAUGUCGCAUAUUACUGACAAUCAUUACAGUCCUACUGCAGCUUGAAAUAUAAGAAAGCACCGGUGGCAGUCAGCAGUUACGUGUGGACCACUUAAGGCUGCUCUCUGAAUGCCACUAAAUUAGUACCUGUGUAUUAUGAAGGCAAUAUGACAGGUCAUUUUUCCAAACUGAGAGGAAAUUGUAAUAAAAACUCAUAGGGCAAUUUUGUGAACGUAGGAGCUGUAUCAAUAUAUCUUGUAAUACCAGCCUUAGGCUAUUUGUAAUGUCAUGAAAAAUCUAAUAAAUUAUGAUGUGUUACCAAAUAGCCAGGUUAUGUAUAUUAAAGCAAAAUCUAACACAAGAGAUUGUAAUUUACUUAUAGAAAGACUUGAGCACAAUCACUGUAGAAUAUAGACUAGCAUAGAGGUAUAUUCUGCAUAAUAAAUGGCUGAGCCCAAUUCAUGCCUUACUAAAUCAGCCUUUUACUACAUAGUUACAAAUGCAUAGGAAAUUAUGCCAGGUGAAACCACAGUACAUAAGAAGAAAAUUAUUCUAUAUAUUCAUUUAAGCCAAGCUCUAUGUAGGGUUGUCAUUUGAAACCAUGGCUUGCAUUUUUUACGUAAUUAUCUCUAUAUUUAAGUCCAUAUAACCACUUUCUUCAAAGACAAAUUGUCUGCUUUCAUCAUGGUAACGUAUUGUUGUAUUUUGUUACUGACAUAUUUACCUCUUACAGUUUAUUUUCACAAAUGUUUGCUGAUUAAAUGCACCCUACUUCGAUUCCCUUGCAAAACAGAAAACGCAUCUUCCACCAUAGCUUUCAAAACCAGUGCAAUUUUGUACAGACUUGUGUAAUAAUUCAUAAUCAGAGCAGACCCUAUGCUAUGGCUACUAAA